AAUCCCUGAAAUUCGGUUUGACAACGCCACUUUACUGCUGUGGAGGACGAAGCAAGAUGAGGGAGUUACUGUACACUGUGGUGUGCAUAUUGGGUCUUGCAUUUUACGUACAGGCCUCAGUGUAUUUCAAGGAACAGUUUCUAGAUGGGGAUGCCUGGGAAGGAAGGUGGACAGAAUCGAAGCAUAAAUCCGAUUAUGGGAAAUUUAAACUUACCGCCGGAAAAUUUUAUGGAGAUGCUGAAAAAAACAAAGGGCUUCAGACCAGUCAAGAUGCAAGAUUCUAUGCCAUCUCCUCACGUUUUGAACCUUUUAGCAAUGAAGGAAAGACACUAGUGAUACAGUUCACAGUAAAGCAUGAACAGAAAAUAGACUGCGGUGGUGGAUACGUGAAGAUCUUCCCUUCUGAUCUAGAUCAGAAGGCUAUGCAUGGUGACUCGAAAUACUACAUAAUGUUUGGCCCUGAUAUCUGUGGAUAUGGAACAAAGAAAGUUCAUGUUAUUUUGAACUACAAGGAUAAAAAUAAUUUAAUCAAAAAGGAGAUCAAAUGCAAGGAUGACGAAUUUACUCAUUUGUAUACUCUGAUUUUGAGACCUGAUCAGACAUAUGAAGUGAAAAUAAAUAAUGAGAAAGUGGAGUCUGGCACUUUGGAAGAUGACUGGGACUUAUUGCCUCCAAAGAAGAUCAAGGACCCAGAUGCCAAAAAGCCAGAGGAUUGGGAUGACAGAGCUAAAAUUGAUGAUCCUGAUGACGUAAAACCUGAGGACUGGGACAAGCCUGAGCACAUUCCUGAUCCUGAUGCCAAGAAACCAGAGGACUGGGAUGAAGAAAUGGAUGGAGAGUGGGAACCACCAAUGAUCCAGAAUCCAGAUUUUAAGGGUGAAUGGAAACCUAAGCAGAUAGAUAAUCCUAACUACAAAGGUGUCUGGAUUCACCCAGAGAUCGAUAAUCCUGAAUACAGCCCAGACUCCAAUAUCAACAGAUUUGAAAAUAUCGGUGUCCUAGGUCUCGACUUGUGGCAGGUGAAAAGUGGAACUAUUUUUGAUGACUUCCUAAUAACAGAUGAUGAAAAAUAUGCAGAAGAAUUUGGAAAGGAAACCUGGGGAGCAACAAAGGAAGCCGAGAAAAAAAUGAAAGACAAACAGGAUGAAGAGGAGAGGAAACAGCACGAAGAAGAAGAGAAGAAGAGGAAAGAAGAAGAAAAGGAAGAGAAGGAAGAGGAGGAAGAAGAUGAGGAGGAAGAGGAGGAGAAAGAUGAAAAGGAAGAGGAAAACGAAGAUGAUGAUACAACCCCAACAAAAGAUGAGUUGUAAAGCUGUGACUUAGUUGAAGAAUAACCUUCAAUAUUUGGGGAAAUUCAACAUCGUUUAUCAUUCCUAAUGUUGAACUUGUUUCAAGCAACACCUCUUUUAAGGUGUAGCAUGAAGUGAGAGAUUGGCUGAUUGAAACUGAAGUUUGAUUGCUUUGAACUCUUCAAAAUUCUGUUUGUGUGGCACUUUGUGAGCCCGAAAAAAAUGACUGUAUAGGCUCACAGCUUGUUUCACAAAUGUAAAAACUAUGCUGUGGUCUGAGGGAUAAGCACGGUUCAGUGUACAUACUGGUGAAGACUCUCUGGGAUGAUGAUGUUGCCCUGAGAAUGUGCUGGUCCAUGUUAUUGAAGACCAUAAUGUACUGCAUGUUUGAUCGUGCAGUUUCACGUACAAGACUUUCAGUUCUGUAUUUGUAGUAUGUACUACAGCCCUUUCUGUCACAGGCUUUGUUUAAAAAAAAAAGGUGUAAAUGAGUGUAAAAUUACUGAAACCAAAGUUUAUUAAAAUAAUUUACAUGUU